AUGACAACGCAAGCGACAUUUAACCCUCAAGCUUUUAUCGAACUCGCAUUAUCACGUGGCGUGCUUAAAUUUGGUGAGUUUACUUUAAAAUCGGGUCGUGUGAGUCCUUAUUUUUUUAAUGCCGGUCUACUUAAUGACGGUGAAGCCUUGUCAUUACUGGCGUCUGGCUAUGCAGCCAAACUGACAGAAUGCAACAAUGUUGAGGUGGUCUUUGGUCCUGCGUACAAAGGGAUUCCUUUUGUUGCUGCAACAGCAGUGGCUUUGUCACAAAAUCAUGGGGUAAGUGUGCCUUGGGGGUUUAACCGUAAAGAAGCCAAAGAUCAUGGUGAAGGCGGGGUCUUGGUUGGUGCAUCUGUUGCAGGCAAAAAAGUCUGGAUUAUUGAUGACGUGAUUACUGCGGGCACAGCGAUCCGUGAAGUAGUCACCAUUUUGAAAAAUGCAGGUGCGCAGAUUGCAGGUGUGUUGGUGGCAUUAGACCGUCAAGAAAAAGGUCAAGGUGAACUGUCUGCGAUUCAAGAAGUGCAAAAAGAAUUGGAAAUUCCUGUACAUGCAUUGGUGACCAUGAAAGAUUUGAUGAAUUAUUUAGAGGCUAAAGGUGAGACUGAAGCGUUAGCCAAAAUGGAAGCCUACCGUGUGAAAUAUGGCGUCUGA